CUUUGUUUGGGGCUCUCGUCUUCUCCUUUUCUUCCUUUUGAGACCACAGCCUUUAUGCUUUCUUCUUCCUGAACCCUAGUCUCAUCUGCAUCGUCAUCUUCAAUCUCAAAAUUCUCUAGACCAAUCUGGCCGAGAUCGCUGCCGCCUUUUCCGAUCUCUUUCGCCGUUAAACAGGAAUAAUGUCUUUUUUACGAAAUUAUCCUCCACAAGGAGGCACUUUCCAUGAUGACAAUCGGUUUGGCAGAAACUACUUGAGUAAUAGUAAUAACAAUAGAAACAAGAACGGAAACUGGAAUUGGAACUACAGACAAGCCAGGAACUUUAACUGCAGACAUGACGUCUCAGAGCAGUUUCGGGUGCAUAGUAAUUCUUAUCACUAUGCUCAGCCUAAUGGUGCUCCCUCUUUGAAAAGGAGAAAAUUUUCAGCUGACGCUUGGGGAGACAGUAGUAGACCUAACGCACAUUAUGCUGCUGCUCCAUGGAACUUCAACAAUCUAGUCCCUCCUCCUCCUAGAUCUGACGCUGAGGCAUCUGUUACAUGUAACACUGGCAAACGUGACAGGUCAAAAUUGGAGGAUGAUGAACCUGUCUUUAUGUCUAGAUACGAGAUUGAGAGAAUUUCGCCCUCAAGGAAAGAUGGCAUUGAUGCUAUACGCGAAACUCAUUUGCGUUAUUCUUAUUGUGCCUUCAUUCAGAAUCUUGGAAUGCGGCUUGAGUUGCCACAAACUACUUUUGGCACAGCUAUGGUCCUCUGCCACCGAUUUUUUGUACGAAGGUCACAUGCUUGCCAUGAUAGAUUUUUGAUUGCUACUGCUGCUCUUUUUCUGGCUGCAAAGUCAGAGGAGACACCACGCCCUUUGAACAAUGUGUUGAGAGCAUCUUCUGAAAUUUUCCACAAGCAGGAUUUUUCUUUCUUGUCUUAUUUUCUCCCAGUUGACUGGUUUGAGAAGUAUCGGGAACGUGUAAUUGAAGCAGAGCGAAUGAUCUUGACUACUUUAAACUUUGAACUUAAUGUGCAGCAUCCAUAUGCUCCUCUUACAUCUACUCUGAGCAAAUUAGGUCUAUCACAGGCCAACUUGGUGAAUAUGGCCUUAAACUUGGUCAGUGAAGGGUAGGUUUACCCCUGUGGUUUAAUGAUACUAGUAUUUUUUCUUUGAUGUUAAUUUCACAGGUGCAAUCAGUUUCUCUAUCAAUUCACUCAGUUACUUUAGAAGCAAAAUUUACUGAUGAAUUUUGAUCUUCUCCUUGAUGCUGUUGUGCACUAUGGCCUUUCUUAAUUGAUAAAUGAUUAUUCUUCAUUUCUCUUUCAGACAAGCUGUUUUACAUAAUUAUUCUAUGGCAUAUUGAUUUGUUUGGCAUGGCAUAUAAUUGCAGGGUCUUUACAAGAUUAGAGUGCUGGCCUGUAUGAUAUUAUUUGAUGGCAGAUAGAUAUGCUCUUCAUGGAAAGUUUUUUUUUACAUCUGAAGUUGAACUCCUGGUGUCUUUUGGAUUCUUUGAUCAUACCCAAUCUGCUUGGUCAUUGCAACAAAAGAUAGCAACAGAACCUUUAAAAAACUGUUUUUCUGACUUAUUUUUUAACCCCCUUUCUUAUGAGUUUCAGUUAAUUUGGAAUCACUCUUCUGGAGUCCUAUAUACAAACUUCAAGUUUGUGAUAUCUGGCUGCUUGCACACUUGGUGUCCCUUGCACGCUGUUUUGGAGCAAAAUCUAUUGGUCUGUCAGGGGUCAAAGUAUUUUACAAAGUAGGGUUAUUCUUUUUUAUGCAGUCUGGUGAAAGUUUUCCAAAUUGUGAAAUUACAACUUGUGAUUUAAUGCCCUUUGGGUGCCAAUAUAUGUGCCUCUCGACCAUUCUCUUUUGUUCGCAUCAUUUUAUACCAUUUUUAACACAAAAUUUUAAAGGAGUUAAAACCUUUGUUCAAGAGUUUGUCAUUUUAUGUGAAAUUUCACCAUUUGGUUUAUGAGCAUCAGCAGUUUUUUUUCUUUUUUUCUUUUUUUCUUUUUUUCUUUUUUUCUUUUUUUCUUUUUUUCUUUUUUUCUUUUUUUCUUCAAAAAAAAGCAUCAGCUGUGUGUGUAGUUACUGUCAUGGCUUUAGUUGUCCUGUCCAUAUUAUCAAAUUUCAGUUCUGAGGCAUGGAUCCAAAAAUUUGCUCAGUUGAUUGUAAAACAUGGGUAUAAGAGUCAUUUUGUGGAUGGUUAGAAACCAAACUUGUUUAAUAUAGGUUUUGUUCGGGA